UCUGUUGCCGUUCGCUGUAUCGGUGUAUUACGGUAGAAACUGACAAUACUUAGUUAAAAAACGACAGUUGUUGGCGGCUGAAUUUUUCCUAAUGUGAGCUGUGCGUUAUGAUUGAUCAAAUUACAGAGGGGGUGGAUUUUUGGUGAUUUCAAUGCUUAGCCUUCUACAGCUUUGCUCGACUGUGACAACCUUUAUAGCAGCUUAUAGUUCAAAACAGCCGCAUCUGAUGAUACGUGACAGAUGGUGAAGUCGCCCACCAGUGAAAUGCUGAUUACUGCCACUCUAGUUGCGCUCGUUGCAGUGGCCGGGCUUUCUUUAUCAACUAAUCAAGAUCCAUCAUCUUCCUCCACAUUGCUCCCAGUUGUGGCGAGGUCGGUCCAUGUUUCCAUACAGUCUAAAGUUAGCACGACAACUAAAGCAGGUCUUCUUGCAUCUAAUGGACCGGGUCGUGUAGUUAUAGGAGCAGACCCGGCAUCUACUGGAGAACAUGCUGCUCAAGGCACGCCUGGCGGAGCAGCCAUGAGAAAUCAAUUUUCAAAAGGAACUAAACAACUAUCAAGUGCGGAUAUCCAAGGUCCCUUCGAUUCGAUCACUCAGAAACUUCAACCCAGCAGUCAAAAGGAGCCACAAACAGUUUCUUCAAAUAAGAAUAUUAAUAAGGAUAUUCCAGUUCGAACCGAACUCAAUAUGGGCGAAGAUAAUGGAAAUGCCGAAAGACACGUUGCCCUUGGACUUACAGUAGACACUUCUGAAAGAACCUAUAAAGAAGAGCUCAUACCUAUGGGCCUAGCACCAUCGAUUUAUGAGGAAGAUUCACAUAUGUUCAUCUUAUUUACUGUUGGGAUGCUUCUUUGCACGGCAGGAUACGUUGCUGUUCACAAUAAACGAAAGAUCCUUGCGUUAAUCAUCGAAGGUCGGAGUCGCCAUAACGAAACCCGUCGCUGUGUAGGAGGAAUAAACUACAAGCGUGUAAAUACGUGCGAUACGGGAGGCUACGGCGAGGCCGUCUCUAUGGCGUAAACUGUGGACGCUGCUUGCUGCUAUAACAUAAGAGUCCAAUUUAAUCGGUGAACGAUGCUGCUUAAUUCAGCGCCAAUCAGCGAAGUUCCUAGCCGUUUUCUAUUGUUUUUCGCGAGUCUACAGAUCGAGGGUUGCAAGAUAACACGUUAAGCAUUCUGGGUAUUUGUACGAAAUCCACCAUAUUUAAUUCAGUUUUCUGUCUUCUAUUAUAUCUCCAUUAUACGAUGAGCUGGACAUUGAAUGUACUAUAGGUUGGGUUGACUUUAUAUAAUGACCAGCUAAUAGAUAAGAAGUCUAUACGAAGUUCGCACAUGCGAUGCUUGCUGUUUUGUAUAUCUUGGUGUUGUCGUCCUUUGCAAUCACUUAACUUUUACGGUUUAUAUAGAUAGUUCAAUAAUUAGAAAUUAUUGCAAAUUUUAAUGCAGAAAUGAGAAAAUACGAAGAAUAAGUUGUGCUUUUUUAUUGGCAAGCCAGGAUAAUGAUAGAUAGCAUCACAUUAAUAAGCGUUCAUUUUUACUUAGCCACCUUUGGAUGAUUUACAGAUAAACUAUUAUGAAGAGUUCCCUGAGCUACAAAGGAUUACACUCUAAUUAAAUUAGGCUAUCGUUUACCUUGCCACUACAAUAGCGAACCCUAAUGUUAGCCCCCCCCCCCCUCUCUCUCUCUCUCUCUCGUAGAAUCCAGCCUUGACGAUCACCAACUAUAUUGUGAAAAAUGUGCGAUCCUAUUAGAUUGGGGGUAAUUAGUGUUCAUUUUUACUCAUUCCUUUUUAAUUUUGUUUUAUGUCAGCCAAAAGUACCAUACAGUUCUCAUUGUCAUACUAUAUUCGGUUUACGAUAAACGAUAAAAUUUACUCCCGUUUCCGGGUAAAAAGAUGAGUAUGCCAAAUGAUCAGAAACAGCAUCUUUAUAUUUACCUUUUUUCUAAUCUCAAAAAAUACCGUGAAUAUUAAGAUCCGUGUAGAUUGACGAUUCCGGAAAAUAAAUGUAGGCUUAUCUAACACUAACUCUUCAUCAUAAUUCCCAAGCCAAUUCUCAAUGGGUUCAAAAUAUAAUUCUUUCUUUAGUCAAAGAUGCUAUCCGCGUUGUUUCUGUGCUUUACGGAUUUUAGUGGAAAACAAAUAAGAAAUGUCGAUAAUGUUUUUCCUCAUCUGUUUCAAAUCCAUUUCUGACUUUGAACAAAAAGCGAAAUUUUGUGAUCAUAAUAAAAUUAUUGCAAAGGGGAACUCCUUAGUGGUAAUUCAAACCUGAGUACCAGCAGAUGUCAAAUAACAAAACCUCGCCUGUGGCUUGUUUAUUGCAGCAAAGCAGAUUUGCUUAGGGCUUUAUAGACUGGUUGGGGUAAGGUAUCUGUGCAGAUUAAUUGAGUGAACGGCAAAGGAUGCAAUGGUAAUCAUGUUAAAUUGUGAUGACCAAUAAACAGGUGGGAUUCCCAUGCCUUAUCGAAGCCUAAAAUAGAGCUAACAGCUGAGGAUCGCACGCUGAUAAUAAUGUAUAUAAAUAUGCAAACAAAGGUUGCUAGUUAUGUAUAGAUAUGUAGUCGAAGCCAGGGCCGGGCAAAGGCAGGUUGCCGGCUUUUCGUAUGUUUGUAUAUAUGCGACUAGCACGCUGUUAGGAUGGGUUUAUCAUUCUACAAUAAUGGUGAUUAAAUAACCAGUAUAAAUUAUCAGAUAUACCACGUAUAUAUAUAGCACUCACAACUUCGCAGCGAAGUGUUUGUAGAAAGCACCGAGUCACGCUUACAGAAAAAAAUUACAGGAUAUUAUAACAAUAAACAUAUCGGCUUAUAAAUUUCGCAUGAGAUAACUGUAGAGAAUGGACAAAACAUGAUAUUGAACGUAACGUAGUAACGUACUAAUCUUGUGCAGCUUACCUGUUGCAUAUCUCUCUUUUCAAGAACUACAUAUAAAAGUUAUUUUCGGAUAAAUGGCGAACCGCGUUAAUAAAAUAUGAAUAGUAAACCACUCUGGAGUAUUUAUGGAUCAUACAUUAUCGUUCAUAAUUAUACGAUGCACGCAUGCAUUCUGAUGAACGCUUUCUACAUACUCUUUUGUAUAUGAAUAAUUGUCAAUCUAAAUCCCCAAAUUUGAGGACACUUUUUAGGGGGUGCUAAGACUCAGUAAACAUGUUCUUCAUUGAGACCAUGCAAGGCUGGACUUCGCAGAUGCCACAUAGAGAAAUAUUUGAUUGUGUACGAAUUAGUGACUUGAUACGAGAAAGGGCUAUGUGUUAAGAGACUCUUCUUUACAUAUGUCUAAAUUGAUUAAAAUAACUAAUCUAUUGGGCUAAAUAAUUUGUAAUUAUUUACGCCUAACUUUUCAGAUGCAAAAUAAAAUUACGUAAAUACCUGGA